AUGAAGAACCAUACAAAGCGGAUGGAGUUUAUUUUACUGGGGCUGACAGACAAUUCUCAGUUACAGAUUGUCAUUUUGUUAUUUCUACUUGUCAAUUACUUGUUGAGCAUGACAGGGAAUUUAACUAUCAUUGCCCUCACUCUGCUGGAUUCCCGUCUCAAGACCCCGAUGUAUUUCUUCCUCAGUAAUUUCUCUUUUCUGGAAAUCUCAUUCACAACUGUUUGCAUCCCUAGAUUCCUAAUCACCAUUAUAACCAAGGAAAAGACCAUUUCCUAUAAUGAUUGUAUUUCUCAGAUGUUUUUUUAUAUCUUUCUUGGGGUUACAGAGUUUUUCCUCCUAACUGUUAUGUCCUAUGACCGGUACGUUGCCAUCUGCAAACCUUUGUAUUAUACAUCCAUCAUGAGCAGCACAGUUUGUCACCAGCUUGUACUGACCUCUUGGGUAACUGCAUUACUGCUAGUUUUCCCUCCACUGAUUUUGAUAUCUACCCUGGAUAUCUGUGCUGCAAAUAUCAUUAACCAUUUCUUUUGUGACAUUUCUCCUUUCCUGAAUCUUUCUUGCUCAGACACACAUUUGCUAGAAUUGGUUGCCUUUUUAUUGGCACUUGUGAUAGUGAUUGUUUCACUGUCAUUAGUAAUGAUUUCUUAUUCCUACAUCAUUAAAACAAUUCUAAAAUUUCCUCCAGCACAGCAAAAGAAAAAAGCCUUUUCCACCUGCUCUUCUCGCAUGAUUGUUGUCUCCAUCACUUAUGGCAGUUGUAUAUUCAUGUACAUAAAGUCAUCAGCAGAUGAAAGAGUUACUUUAAGCAAAGGAGUAGCUGUGCUCAAUACUUCAGUUGCCCCUUUGUUGAACCCAUUUAUUUACACUCUGAGGAACCAGCGAGUAAAGCAAGCCUUCAGGACUGUAUUCAAAAAGAUAUUUUCUGCUUUAGACAAAUAA